AAGUCUUUGAUAGGGAAGAAUAUUUUUAAUGGUCUGGUUGUGUAAUUUGUUGAUUGUAACAGGACCCAAGUGGGCUAAGUUCCUUGUAGGACCUAUACAGUUUGCAGUAUGCUGCGGAGCUGUUAUAGCGUGCACGCUGAUCGGCGGGCAGACUCUUAAGUUUAUAUACACUAUUUAUCAUCCACAUGGAGAAAUGAAGCUAUAUAAAUUUAUCAUUUUCUUUGGAGGGUUGAUGUUGAUUCUGGCUCAGAUGCCUUCCUUUCAUUCUCUGAGACACAAUAAUCUCGUGUCCUAUGUUCUGUGCUUUGCUUACAGUAUCUGUGCAGUGAUCGGUUCCAUUCAUGCAGGCAAUUCAAGAGAAGAUUCUGAGAAAGAUUAUUCUUUGGUUGGUAGCACACCAACCAAAAUAUUUGGAGCUUUGAAUUCUUUCUCAAUCAUCGCUACCACUUUUGGGAAUGGAAUCAUUCCAGAAAUUCAAGCAACUCUGGUGCCUCCUGUAUCAGAUAAGAUGUUCAAAGGAUUGUCUAUAUGUUAUGUUGUGGUGGUGUCCACAUUCUACUCUGUGGCAAUCUCAGGCUACUGGGCAUUUGGCAACAAGGCAGAUGGAACUGUCUUUAGCAAUUUCGUCCCAUCUGCGGGGCCUCCGUUUCUUCCUAAAUGGUUUCUAGUUAUCGCAAACUUGUUGGUGCUUCCCCAAGUAUCUGCAGUUGGAAUGGUCUAUUUGCAACCAGUAUUCGAAGUACUGGAAGGAAUAUCUGGAGAUGUGAAACAGGGUAGGUUUUCUCUACGAAAUCUGGUACCCAGAUUGAUUUUAAGGACAUCAGCAGUAGUGAUCGUCACACUUUUGGCUGCAAUGCUACCUUUCUUCGGGGAUGUUAAUGCGUUGAUUGGGGCUUUUGGGUUCAUGCCAUUGGAUUUUGUCUUACCUAUGGUCUGCUUCAACCUGACUUUCAAGCCUUCUAAAAGAAGUAUAAUAUUCUGGGUCAAUAUCAUUAUUUCUGCAGUAUAUUCUAUCAUGGCCCUUUUGGGAUGUAUUGCAGCUAUUCGUCAAAAUGUUGAUUCAAGCAAAAUGUCGGUUGCCAGUUUGACAAAAUACUGAUUCAAGCAAAAUGUCAGUUGCCAGU